GCCAAGCGGGAUGGCAAAUGGGUUAAAGGAAACUGGAUAUUGGAUAUAGUCCCGUAGCCAACAAACAGCGGUAUCCAACCUUGCUUUUGCAAUGCAUAUUUGCCUGCGUGGCCAACAAGUUUAUUCUUUUGUCUGCUUCACUCAGGCUAGAAAUGCUAGUGAUAUGCUACAGCCGCCUAGAUUGUCGUUAAUGAGCGUAUCAAAAUCAAACUGCGGUCCCAAAAGGCAAAAUCCCAGUUGGAAGAAACUGAAAAUACUAAAAGGUAUGAGAAAACUCAAAGACGCCUAUUUCUUUUUUAGUCUCCAACGCCUAAACCAGGAAAACAAACCCACCUCAUUACAGACAAACAAGUUGUUCUUCGUCCAGGCCCAUGAGAAUCUUUGGACCACACCCAGAUGUGCUGAUUUUUUUACACCCCAAAGAACUGUUUAAAUUUGUUUCUUUUUACUUUUCUUUCAAUUGAAGCUUGAAGAAAGCCUAACGACUCCGAAAAGGAAAUGAAAAAGAAGUGGAAAAAAAGAAAAGAAUUAGCUUUAAAGCUUCUGGUUUAGGGCCCAUCAACUUUAGUAAGUGUUGAAAUCAAAUGGUCCAACUUUUUGAGCAGUGCCACGUGAUGUGUGCCAAACAUCUCAAAAUCAACCCACAUGAAUGCACGGUAUCACUGUCACGGAUCCCACAUACACAGAAAGAGACCCGGAAAGGUUGGGCGCCAGCUAGAAACAACUAAGCUUAGAAUUUAGAUUACGCUUUUUCCUUCCGUAUAUAACCAAAUCUAAUCUCUUUUCCUUCAUAUCAUCAAUCUAGAGAGAAACAUGGCUAUAUUGCAACAUUUUUUGUUUCUCUGUCUCUCAUUGUUUUGCAUGACGAGUGUGGUUUCUUCACACAGCAGGCAUUACACCACUCCCAGCGUUCCACGUUUAACUGACUUGUUUAGUCAUGUCUCAGUUGAUAAAAGUUUUUCUAACUCUUUUGGUGGACCAAAUAUCAAGCUUAUGAACAAUGGUUCCAUGGCAACUCUUGCUCUAGACAAAACCUCAGGGUCAGGAUUGGCUUCCAGGAACAAAUAUUACCAUGGAUUUUUCAAUGCAGCAAUAAAGUUGCCUGCAGGUUUCACAUCUGGAGUUGUGGUUGCCUUCUAUUUGUCUAAUGCAGACACGUAUCCUCAUAGCCAUGAUGAGAUUGAUAUUGAACUGCUUGGCCAUGAUAAGAGAAUUGAUUGGGUCCUCCAAACAAAUGUCUAUGCAAAUGGAGUCAGCACCGGUAGAGAAGAGAAAUUUUAUUUCUGGUUUGAUCCAACACUGGAGCACCAUUACUACAGCAUUCUUUGGAACAGCCACCAUAUAGUGUUCCUUGUGGAUAAUAUACCAGUGAGAGAGUUCCCAAAUACAGGCAAAUUCUCUACCGCAUAUCCAUCAAAGCCAAUGUCGCUUUAUGUAACCAUAUGGGAUGGGUCGCAAUGGGCAACUCAUGGAGGGAAAUACCCAGUCAAUUACAAGUAUGCUCCAUUUGUUGCUUCAUUUAUGGACAUGGAAAUGGCUGGCUGUAUUUCAAAUCCUACGCAGCCUGGUUCAUCUUGUUCCAACGCCAAUCUUUCAAGCAUUAACCCUGUCGAAGGACCUGACUUCGUUAAGCUAUCAAAUCAACAGAUAACCGCCAUGGAUUGGGCAAGAAGGAAGCUCAUGUUCUACUCAUACUGUAAAGAUACAUCCAGAUUUAAAGUCUUACCUCCAGAAUGCAAGUAAUUAAAAUGUGAUUCUAUUAUAUAGAUACAUUAAAAUUUUCUUUUCCUUCUUUUCGUCAAAUUAUUUUCCCAUCAAGUAGUAAAUGAAUAAUAAUGAGAACCUGUUCUCAUUUAUUGUUAGAAAGAAAUCAAAAUUAUUAUAAUUUACACUCUCCCGUAUCUAUAUUACUCUCAUGUUCUUGAUUUUUAUUAAUGUAUCACAUAUGAGAGUUGUUAAAAUUAACAAAUUAGUGUGCUAUUCGUCCAAUUUCACGUCGAGGGUGGAUGAUGUGAAGGAAAAUGUUAGGACGGGAGGAGCUGGGGGACCAAUCUACAUUCAAACUAGAUUAGGGUAAGCAUUAGGAAGGGGAUUUACAUCUAAGACUCGAUGGGAGUGUCACUUUAUUUUGGACUGUCCAAAUAAGUAAACAGCUGUAAUACGUGGUAGGCAGCGA